UUUCAUCUUUACCUGCACGCUCACACACCUGUAGACAAACUAACGUCACUUUAACGACGUCACGACUCAUAGUGACCGGCGUGAAGCGAGCUAAGUGCGGCUAACGAGCCUCGGAGACGCAUCCUGCGCAGCAUGAGUAAGAGGAAGGUGACAGAUGCUCAUCUGCCUGUAGGAGAAUGCAUCACACAGCUUCAGGAGGUUUUAAGGCGGCGGCUUUGCUGUCAGCAGCUCCCUGACAGACCGGACGGAGUGGAGGCUCAGCACAAACACCUUCUGGAGCUGCUGAGGCGAACGGCCGUCCACGGGGAGAGUAACUCGGUGCUAAUCGUCGGCCCCAGGGGAGCUGGAAAAACAAUGCUGCUGAAGUGCGUGUUGAGAGAUCUGCUGGAGGAGAAAGAAGUGCAGAAAAACCUGCUGCAGGUUCACCUGAACGGUCUCUUGCAGACUGAUGACAGAAUAGCGCUCAAAGAAAUAACACGGCAACUCAACUUGGAAAACGUCGUCGGCGACAAAGUGUUUGGGAGUUUCGCAGAGAAUCUGGCUUUCUUACUGGAGGCAUUGAAGAAAGGUGAUCGCAGCAGCAGCCGCCCCGUGCUGUUCGUCCUGGAUGAGUUUGACCUGUUCGCCCACCACAAGAACCAGACGCUCCUCUACAACCUGUUUGACAUCUCCCAGUCCGCCCAGGCUCCCAUCGCUGUGGUCGGCAUCACCUGCAGACUGGAUGUUCUGGAGCUGUUGGAGAAGCGGGUCAAGUCGAGGUUCUCCCACCGUCAGAUCCACCUGCUGAGCAGCCCCACGUUCCCUCAGUACGUGGACCGAGUCCGGACUCAGCUCAGCCUGCCGGACGACUUCCCCGACGUCAAGUUCGCAGAGGACUGGAAAGCCAGCGUAAAGAGUCUGUGUGAGGACAAAUCAGUGGAGGACGUUUUAAAGAGACACUUCAACUCCAGCAGAGACUUCAGAUCAAUGCACAUGCUGCUGAUGUUGUGUCUGAGUCGUGUGUCUGUAUCUAAACCUGCCAUCAGACCUGCAGACCUGCUGGAGGCCAGCAGACUGUGUUUCACUGACUCCAAGGCCAACAUGCUGCACGGUCUGUCUAUCUUGGAGCUGUGCCUCAUCAUCGCCAUGAAACACCUCAACGACGUCUACGAAGGAGAGCCGUUCAACCUCCAAAUGGUUCACAACGAGUUUAAGAAGUUCCUGCAGAGGAAGUCAAACUCCAUGUACAACUUUGACCAGCCUGUCAUCAUGAAGGCCUUCGAGCACCUGCAGCAGCUGGAGCUGAUCCGGCCGGUCGACAGCUCCUCGGCCAAAACUCAGAGGGAAUACCAGCUCAUGAGACUCAUGCUAGACCACAGUCAGAUCAUGGAGGCCCUGCAGAAGUACCCGCAAUGCCCCACUGAUGUCAAGCAGUGGGCCAUGUCGGCCUUCGCCUAGGGACUCUGCGUACAUUUGGACUCUUGUUGUUGUUUCAGCACUCUGAAAACAGCUUGAAUCAAGGACUGAAAUUAAAGACUAUCCAUGACCUGAAUCAGGGAGAACAUGUCUACAAAUAUUUGUUUCAUAUCACGAUUUUUAUCUGAGAACUGUAAAUGAUGAAGAAAUAAAGAUGUCACAAGUUA